CAAAAGGCAUACCCAAUGAGCGCACUUGAGCACCUCCCCAAAAUCUUCUGAUUACAAGCGCUGGAUGUUUACAAAUGCCGCGCGCGCAUAAAAGCCACAGAUGAGCAGAGCCGCUUCAGUAUACAGGUACAAAAAGGCAUGGAUAGCAGACCGGCGGAUUUCACACUUUGUGGACGCGCAAAGGCAACAUUUUAGUGCAACCGUAUCCUGGAAUAUUCUUGCGUUCACAUCUCGCUGCAUUUCUCAUUUUGCGCUUUGUAAAUCAGUUUUCUCGCGCAAAAAAAACAUGUUUUUGUUGCUAAGGUCAGUUCUUCUUGUUAACGUGUUCUAUGCUCAAUGGGAAAUUGUGAAUUCAAUGCAGAGUCAGCUGUGCGUGCCCGUCAGACUGGAUCAUGUCAAGAACCAUUUAGUCAGUGCUGAAGACAACACGUUGCCUCAAACAGUUGUAUUCAAAAUAAAUGCAUUUGAACAAGAUCUUGUACUCGAAUUACUGCCUGACUCGAGCUUCAUUGCUCCAGUCUUCUCGACGCACACCGACGCAACUGCUCAAAACUCAGCGCCCAGUGAAGAUCUGAGCCGGUGUUUUUACGCCGGUGAGGUGAAUUCUGAUCCCUAUUCAUAUGCAGCGCUCAGCUUGUGCAAGGGGCUGCAGGGCGCAUUCGGUUACGAUGGCUGGGAAUAUUUCAUCAAGCCUGCUUUGAACGACACCGAGUGGAACGAUGUGCAUGCCCAUCUCAUCAGCCGCAGAUCUAACGCCAAUCUGAGUGGAAACUCCACGUCAAGAUGCGGCGUGGACAGUGGUGUGUCCCAAACCGUUGCACAGUCUUUGGCGAAGUUUAAGCACCUAAAGGAACAACACAAGUCUAACGUCACUAUGUCAGUUCUGAAAAACCGCUCGAAGAGAUUUGUCUCCAUUCCGCGUUAUGUAGAGACAUUAGUGGUGGCCGAUGAAUCCAUGGCCAAAUUCCACGGUGACGACCUCAAGCAUUACGUACUGACCUUAAUGUCAGUGGCAGCUAAGCUUUACAAACACCCCACCAUUCUUAACUCUAUCAGCAUCGUGGUUGUCAAGUUUAUGGUGAUUAACGAGGAGGAGAAAGGACCUAAGGUUUCCGGGAACGCGGCGAUGACCCUGCGUAAUUUCUGCACCUGGCAGAAGAAGCUGAACAAAAACAGCGACAAGCAUGCGGAGUACUGGGAUACGGCCAUCCUAUUCACAAAACAGGAUCUGUGUGGAGCCUCAACAUGUGACACACUGGGUAUGGCAGAUGUUGGUACCAUGUGUGAUCCCAAGAGAAGUUGUUCUGUGAUUGAAGAUGACGGGUUGCCAUCUGCCUUCACUACUGCCCAUGAGCUUGGACAUGUCUUUAAUAUGCCACACGAUAAUGUUAAAGCAUGUGAGGAAGUGUUUGGCAAGCUUCAGGAUAAUCACAUGAUGUCUCCCACUCUGAUCCGGAUCAACCGCACCAGUCCCUGGUCACCAUGCAGUGCGGCCAUUAUCACUGACUACCUGGAUAGUGGACACGGCGAUUGUCUGCUGGAUCAACCUCAGAAACCGUUAGCUCUUCCAGAUGUGCUCCCAGGUGCAUCGUAUGGUUUAGAGCGGCAGUGUGAGCUUGCCUUCGGUGCUGGCUCAAAGCCAUGCCCAUUAAUGCAGGCACCAUGUCAGCGCUUGUGGUGCACAGGAAAGACCCGCGGGCAACUGGUGUGCCAGACAAGACACUUUCCAUGGGCAGAUGGAACCAGCUGCGGAGAUGGUCAACUCUGCAUGAGAGGCACAUGCAUGGACAAACAGGAAAUUACCAAAACUAAGGUGGAUGGCAGAUGGGGUAAAUGGGGACCAUUUGGUACCUGCUCCAGAACUUGUGGAGGUGGAGUGCAGCUUUCAAAGAGAGAGUGUGACAACCCUGUGCCAGUCAAUGGCGGCAAAUACUGCCAGGGUGUGAGGGUCAAAUACCGGUCCUGCAACCUCUCCCCAUGCCCUGACACAGGCAAGAGUUACCGUGAGGAGCAGUGUGAAGCUUACAAUGGGUUUAGCCUGAACACUAACCGACUCACCCCCUCUGUGGUGUGGGUGCCCAAAUACUCUGGUGUUUCGGCUAAAGAUACAUGCAAGUUGAUCUGCAGGGCAAAUGGAACAGGCUACUUCCACGUUCUUGCACCUAAGGUUGUUGAUGGUACACCAUGCUCUCCUGACUCCCCAUCAGUCUGUGUCCAAGGCAAAUGCAUCAAGGCAGGUUGUGAAGGAAAACUGGGAUCCAACAAGAAGUUUGACAAGUGUGGAGUCUGUGGAGGAGAUAACAAGAACUGCAAGAAGGUCUCAGGUCUUUUCACCAAGCCAAUGCAUGGUUACAAUUUUGUGGUCAUGCUUCCUGUGGGAGCCUCUAACGUCGACAUCAGGCAACGUGGCUACAAGGGCAUCGUGAGUGAUGACAACUAUCUUGCCGUCAAGAAUAGCCAGGGCAAGUACCUCCUGAACGGAAACUAUGUGGUUUCAGCCAUGGAGAAGGAUAUUCUCGUAAAAGGAAGUCUGCUCCGCUACAGUGGAACAGUUGGCUCCUCAGAAACUCUUCAGGCUGUGAAGCCUCUGGGAGAAGCCCUGGUAAUUGAAGUGCUAUCUGUAGGCCAGAUGACACCUCCACGUAUCCGCUAUUCUUUCUACUUGCCACGGGAGAGCAAAGAUGCCAAGGUGCAAAAGAAAGAAGAAAAGGCACGUGCUGAAAACAGUGUUCUUAGGGAAGAGGGCGGAAUCAGUAAAGGUGGAAAAGACACAGAUCUUCUCAAGGACACCAUCUCACCAUCGUAUGUCAAAGAUAUUGCACCAAAACCAGGAAUGUGGGUGGCAGCCGGGUGGGACGUGUGCUCGGUUACUUGUGGUAAUGGGCUCCAGAGGAGGAUGGUGCAGUGUCUCGGGGGAGAUGAUGGGCCUGGAAUGGACUGUGAGGCUUCCCAAAAACCCAGAGCUAUUCAGGCUUGUGGAGACCCUUGCCCCAUGUGGGAGGUGGGCGACUGGUCCCCCUGCUCCAAGACCUGUGGAAAGGGCUUCAAACGGCGCCUGAUUCGCUGCGGUACAAAUGUGGGAAAGCUGCUUCCCAGGGAAAAGUGUGCAGACAAAAAGAAGCCACAGGAGCUGGACUUCUGUUUAUUAGCCCCUUGUAAAUAAUCCACCCUUUCAUUUAAUAUGUCUCUACAUGGACUUUCGAUUUUGUCAAAUUGCAUAUUCAGCAGAGAAAAGUACAAAGAAAGAAGACUAUAUGUUCUGGUUAAAAGUUUAUAUUUUUUCAUCUGUCUGACAAUGGGGAAAAAAAUGGACAGCUGUGGAAAAAAUGACUGAUAAAAGACAAACUGAGGUUCUGAGAUAAACAGGUUUGAACACAAAUGCAAAUAGUACUCUACCUCUGAUUCUAACCAAAUCCAUCACCUGUAAAUCAUCCAGAUGAGACCAAGUACAAAAUCAUGCCUGAUAUCAGAUAUCAUUAAAAUUUUUAGGUAUAAAUAAGUAACGGGUACAUGUACAUUUUUUGCAUAUUUGAAUAUAUGAUAUAAAUUUAUUGACAGCACCUAAAACAUAAAAGUAUUGAAAUAUGUUCUGCAUUUAAAACAAAAAUCUUCUUUAAUUCUUCAUAUAC